ACCCGGAAUCUGGAACCUGGAUCUGGAUCUCGUCACAAGGCGAAUCCAAGGAGUGCCCCACCAGCUUUGCCGAUGACAGUUCACACGUUGCUGCAGGUCUGAUGCACGAGCUCCCAAAUCAGAGAAGGUUAUCUUGCAUCCGGAGAUGCCACGUUCGCCCUUGUUUUUAGCUCUGCGAGAUUCUCAUCGCCGUCCCGGUGUGCAGUCAGUCCCAUUGGAUUCUCUGAUCUCAUCUCAUCGACUUUGCCUCCCGCACUCGUACCCUUGGGACACUCGCAUUCCUCGACACUGUCCCGAUCACUCUUCCUUCGGGCCUUGCGGUCGCCAAUGGACUGGCUCGGCCGUGCCAAGAUAAAAUACACUCACCAUGUGUCACCCCUGGCACUGAGGGAGAAGGAUGGCACCCAGACCGACCUGCUGAAGAUCUGUGAGAAGAUCACUCCGACGUGCCAGUUGAACCCGCUCCUCUUCAACGGCCACCUGCAGACCAUGUGGACAGCCGUGGGCAAGAGUGCACCCCAGGUAUACUACAAGAGGAAGAUCUUCAACGCCGAUCACCAUACCUACACCGGCACUUUUGCCGUGGAUUUUGUUACUCCUCCGCACCGGGAACACGACGACGCCCUCCCGCCGCGGACGUCGUAUUUCAACGAUGCCGAAUUCGACUCAGUGGCGUCGGACGACAGCAGACCCAUGCUCAUCGUGCUACAUGGCCUAUCAGGUGGCUCCUACGAGGUCUAUCUCCGACACUGCAUUGAGCCGUUGGUCUCGGAGGGCGGCGGCGACUGGGAGUGCUGCGUCGUCAACUCGAGGGGCUGCGCGAACAGCGAAGUCACGAGCGGUGUGCUCUUCAACGCGAGGGCGACCUGGGACGUGAGGCAGGUUGUGAGGUGGGCGAGGAGGACGUUCCCAAAUCGGCCCCUGUUUGGCCUGGGCUUCUCUUUGGGCGCCAACAUCCUGACCAACUUCGUGGGUGAGGAGGGCUCCAACUGCCUCCUCAACGCCGCCGUCGUUGUCGGCAACCCGUUCAACCUCGAGGUGUCCAAUAUUCAGCUACAAGGCUCUCUGCUUGGCAAGGAAUUGUACCAACGGGUCAUGGGAAGUUCGUGCAAACAGCUUAUCAUGCGGCACAAAGACUCCAUAAUCAAACACACAAAGCUAGAUUUUGAGGCCAUCCAGAACGUCACCUAUCUUUACGAGUUCGAUAGGGAAGUCCAGUGUAUAUCUUGGGGUUAUCCCACAGAAUCAGCCUACUACCGUGACGCUUCCUCGAGCGACUCGGUGCUUGCGAUUCGAAUACCGUACCUAGCUAUCCAGGCCGCAGACGACCCGAUCGCCGUGGAGCAGGCCAUACCCUACCAGGAGUUCAAGAAGAACCCACAUACUGUCUGCCUAACAACGUCUCUCGGUGGCCACCUCGCGUUCUUCGAGCCAAGCGGUGGUCGAUGGCAUGCGAAGCCUGUAUCCAACUUCUUGAAGUACAUGGCGGCAAAUGUAGAUCUAAAUUCAAUCAACAAUCAGACAAACGGCACCACUGUGCUCAAACCACAGUAUGGGUCAAGCUUCGAACCAAUGCGGCGGAAGAUGGAGGUCAGGAUCACAGAGUGAACAAUUCAAACACGCAUACGCAUGUUAUGACUGGCAGAGCGGACGGGAAAGAUUCCAGACAUUGUAGGCGGGAAGUGAUUAGAAUAGACACAGAGGCGCUUU